AAAAAGAAAUUUUAGUAAAAGAGGAGAGGAAAUGGAAGCAAAGGCUCCGUAAUUUCCCUCAAACUGACACUGAACAGAACCACUCGUUCACUCUCACCUUUCCCUUCUUCCCGCCGUUCAAUCAACUGCUUCCUCCGGCGAUCUUCUUACCCCAUCAACCUCCGGCCUCCACGGCCGCAAAGCUUCAAGAUUUCCUCACUCAUUCGUCCAUCAUGCACUUUCUGUUCUAGGGUUUCUUUCCUUUCCCCCCUUCUCUGUUUCCUGGAGAGUAAUGGACUGCCAAUCCAGUCACACAUUUGAUUCAGAUGAAAGUGAUAUUGAUAUUCAGACUGAAAUUUAUGAGAAGGGUGGGAGUAUAGAUGAUAUUCGUAAUGACUUGGACUUUUGCUUGCGUGACGAUGAUAAGGUAGCAGAACAAUCUGUUGUUGAUUUCCCUAUGGAUGGAGUAGAACCAUACAUAGGUAUGGAGUUCAGUUCUAGAGAUGAAGCUAGAGAAUUCUAUGUUAAUUAUGGUAGGCGUGUUGGAUUCACCGUACGAAUACAUCAUAAUCGUCGUUCCCGUGUAAACAAUCAGGUGAUUGGUCAGGAUUUUGUCUGCUCAAAAGAAGGAUUUCGUGCUAAGAAGUAUGUAUGCAGAAAAGACAGGAUACUUCCAGCACCACCAAUUACUCGAGAGGGAUGUCAAGCAAUGAUGAGAUUAGCUUUAAGGGAUGGAGGGAAGUGGGCUGUCACUAAAUUUGUUAAAGAUCAUAAUCAUCUGUUACUGAGUCCUAGUAAAGUCCCAUGGAAAGGAUCUGGAAAAAACUUGAGCGAGGAUGAAAAGGAUAAGCGGAUUCGAGACUUAUCUCUGGAGUUGUACAAUGAGAGGCAGAAAUAUAAGAGAAAAUGUGCUGCAUAUGAAGAACAAUUGAAAACAAUUCUGAAGGAGUUGGAAAUGCACACAGAAUGUAUAUCAAACAAAGUUGCAGAAGUAGUAAAAAGCAUUAGAGAAGUUGAGGAGGAAGAAGAAUCAAAAGGUUUGAAUGAAAGGUGGAUUUAAAUAAUCACAACUGCACUAACUUAUCAUAUAUCAUAUCUUAGGUAUGGUUUUGAAGCUUGCAUCAUUAUUUUUUUGGUAUCCAAAAUUUAACUCUCAUUGUAGAUGGAUAAUGACUUCUUUGAGAAGCAUUUUAGUGUAUAAAGUAUUUAUCCAUAUGGCAUGCUGCUUGACAUCUAGAAACUUGUCUGACCUGGCAAUGACGUGGAUUUUGUCAUACUAGAUAUAAUCGUAUCUAUUAAAAGGAGACAAAAGGUAUCUUUGGUAACA